UUGUUCCUUCAUUCAUUGAUCGUUACCCCUCAAUUAUUCAUAUUAUUUUCUUAGUCAACUGUCUAGACUCUAGCUCUCAUCUGCAUCUCCCUUGAGCAUCCCCAGUUGGCCACGCGAUAUCUUGCAAGGUCCAAUAUUACCUCUCUCUGCACUCAAGCCUUGGAUCUUUCUUCUCAAAACUCCAUUACAAUUAUGGCUGCCGCCGCUGAAGAAAAGGUUCGCACCUCGGGAGAUUUGUCUCGACCCGAGCCCACUCCCGUAUUGCCCACGGUCAAUCCAGAUGCGCAAAAGUCAGAAAAAGCAAAACCAACAUCUUCGAUCCAUGCAUCGUUCUACGUAAUAUUCUGGAUUGCAUGCAGUUCAGGUGUUAUCCUGUUUAACAAAUGGGUUUUGGACAAUCAAAAGGCCAAAUUUCACUUUCCAAUUAUUCUGACGACAUGGCACCUUACCUUUGCCACAAUCAUGACUCAGAUUCUUGCGCGAACGACCACGGUUUUGGAUGGACGGAAGUCAGUAAAGAUGACUGGUCGUGUCUAUUUGAGAGCUAUCAUGCCCAUUGGAUUGUUCUUCAGCUUAAGUCUGAUUUGCGGCAACCUGACCUACCUGUACCUCAGCGUUGCCUUCAUUCAAAUGCUCAAGGCCACUACCCCGGUUGCGGUGCUCUUCGCGACUUGGUCUCUCGGAAUGGCACCACCAGACAUGAAAAAGCUCUUCAACGUUUCCUUUAUAGUUAUUGGCGUGGUCAUUGCGUCAGUUGGCGAGAUCAAGUUCAUUUGGACCGGCUUCUUCUACCAGAUUUUCGGCCUGACGUUUGAAGCAAUUCGAUUGGUCAUGGUGCAGCGCCUUCUUAGCUCAUCUGAGUUUAAGAUGGAUCCCCUUGUUUCAGUCUACUAUUAUGCGCCUGUUUGCGCUGUCAUGAAUUUCGUUGUCGCACUCAUUUUCGAGAUUCCGAAGCUGCAGUUGCAGGAUAUCUACAAUGUUGGCAUCUGGACGCUUCUGGCCAAUGCCAUGGUUGCCUUCUUGCUGAAUGUCUCAGUAGUAUUCCUGAUCGGCAAGACCUCGUCCCUUGCGCUCACCCUGUGUGGUGUCCUCAAGGAUAUCCUUCUUGUCGGUGCGUCUAUGCUUAUCUGGGGCACUCAUGUCACUCUCCUCCAGUUCUUCGGCUACAGCAUCGCCCUUUCUGGAUUGGUUUACUACAAGCUGGGCGCCGACAAGAUUAAGGAGCACGGCACCCAGGCUCGCCUCGCUUGGGCUGACUACGGCGUCCGUCACCCGGCGCUACGCAAGCUCAUCGUGCUCGGCCUGGCGCUGUUCGUUUUCAUCCUCGUCUUGGGUGGUCUGGGUCCGGUUGUGGCACCAUCCUAUGUCCCUAACACUAUCGGAUCCUCUAAGUAUCUUUCGUCGCUCAUUGGCGAUAAGGUUGGAGAUCAGUCCACGUGAAAAAGGGCCUUAGUCGGCCCGUCAUCUCAUCCACCCCAUCAAUAGGAGCUCAAAGGCAGGAAUACAUUAUGUUUUAGUAUCGAGAUACUCCUUGAUCCUUCGCGGCUAAGAUGUGAGGAACUGCAGAGACAGCUGUCGCGCUAGAAAAGAUUGGGUACAGAC